UUUCCUUUUGGGUGAUUGCAGAUAUGGAUGCAACAAUCUCUCCUGGAUUAUACCCAUUGCACCGUUGUAAAACUCCCCACUUGGUGAGGCAUGCUCAGGGGAUUCAUAAUGUAGCAGGGGAGAAGGAUCCUGCUGCUUAUUCAUCUGAAGAUUAUUUUGACGCCCAUCUCACGCCUCUUGGCUGGCAACAGGUUGAUAAUCUGCGCAAGCAUGUUCAUGAAACUGGGCUUUCUAAGAAAGUGGAUUUGGUUAUUGUUUCCCCUUUGCUCAGGACUAUGCAAACUGCAGUGGGAAUGUUUGGUGGAGAAGAGUAUAAGAACGGGAUUGACGUUCCUCCACUAAUGGUGGCAAAUGCAGGGGAAAGUGGCCGUCCUGAGAUUUCGAGACUGAAUUGCCCACCAUUUGUAGCUUUCGAACUUUGUCGAGAAAUUUUGGGAGGCCAUCCAUGUGACAGAAGAAAAAGCAUCAGCGAGUAUCAGUCUCUCUUUCCUGCUAUUGAUUUUUUCUCUGGCAAGUACUUUAUCGAAAGUGACAAUGAUGUUUUAUGGGUAGCUGACACCCUAGAAAAGGACGAGGACGUUGUAGCCAGAGGAAUGCAGUUUCUGAACUGGUUGUGGACGCGUAAGGAGAAGGAAAUAGCAGUUGUUUCGAACGGCGGACUUUUGUACCAUACCUUAAGUGCUUUUGGCCAUGAUUGUCAUCCAUCAAUGAAGACCGAACUAUGCAAAGAUAUGAUGGGAUCGGAUCCUGCAACAACUAACUAUCCUGGAAAAAUCCCUAGCGGCCUUGAUCUUCCGAGUGCUGAGAAAACUUGCAGACGAAGGAAAUGCCAAUCGGUGUCGUUCGUGUUCCGAGGGUAGACCAAGCAUGAACAUUCAGAUUGAUAUCCACAACAUGAUUGAUAACAAACUGACUGCGAUUAUUUGUUUAGUGCUUGACACAUUUGAAAGCACAUGAACUGCUAAGUCCUACGAUUAUGAGAGUUUUUCUUAUGGUCAUUUAAAUGGAAAUGGGGAUGGCAUGUUGCACCCUUCUACAAGUCUGUCUUUGGCAGUAUCAUCCAUUUUCUUUCGAGCUGUCUGGAUCCGAUCUAGUAGCUCUGAGGCCCUUCGAGGGCUUAGUAUGAUGUAGACAUUGAUACUGAUUUUUCGAAAUCGACUUUCGGAUCCGGUUACUUUAACUGGAAGCCAGUAAAGAAACCGCAUAUCCUUAGAGGACAGUUUUAGAUAAAGCUGUUUUGAAUUGACCU